GGGGUUCCUGGCAGCCGGAGCCGCCGCCGCUCCGCAUUCCUCCGUCUUCCUAAAAGGGGCGAACAUGGCGAUGGGCAGGAUGAGGUGAAGAGGAGAAGGAGGAGGAAAAAGAAAAAGGGAAAAAAAAGGAAAACGAGAAAAAUAAAAAAGAAAAGGAAAAAAGAGGGGGAGAGAAAGGAGAAAAAAAAAAAAAAAAAAGGAAAAAAGAGGAAAACAGGGACGGGGGAUGCCAGCAGCGGCGGCGCGGUGAUUUCCUUCCCUCCCCCCUUCCUCCUCCAAAAGGCAGAAAAAAAAAAAAAAGGCAGCAAAAAAGCCAGCCAAAAAAGAAAAAAAAAGGCAAAAAACCCACCCCGCAUCCAACCCAGCAAACCACCCAUCCCAACAGUUCUUGUUUUUUCAUGGAGAGCAAAAACCCCAGGCAAGCGGAGGAGGACCGGGACUCCUUUGCGCGGAGACCUUUGCAUCAAAAUGCUGAUAGUCGAAAAAACGACUGACUACCCUUCGGCUGAGUACUCCCUGGUGGAGGAUGUAGCCCUCCACUUCACGUGUUUGAUGGACAGACUGAACGAGCAGCGCCUCUUUCAGCCGGACCUGUGCGACGUGGACAUUGUGCUGGUGCAGCACAAGAGCAUCUUCCCAGCGCACAAGGGGGUCCUGGCAGCCUACAGCCAGUUCUUCCACUCCCUCUUCACCCAGAACAAGCAGCUGCAGCGCGUAGAGCUCUCUCUGGAGGCUCUCACCUCACAGGGCCUCCAGCAGAUCCUCAACUUCAUCUACACCUCCAAGCUCCUCGUCAACUCCUGCAAUGUGCAGGAUGUGCUGAACGCAGCCGCUGUGUUGCAGAUGAACAACAUUGCCUCCUCUUGCCAGGACCUCCUCGACACCCGCUCGCUCAGCCUGGCCACUGACAUGGCCCUGCCUGCUGAGGGCUGCGCCGGACCCCCACCCUACUACUGCGAGAUCAAGCAGGAGGUGGAUGCUCCCCAUCCCAAGAUCUAUGCCCGGGAGGGCAAUGACCCCUAUUCGGUGCGGGUGGAAGAUGGCACGGGUGGUGGGACACUCCCCCCUGGUCCAGCCAAGCAGUACUACAAGGAGGAGAAGGAUGGUGGUCCAGGUGCUGUCUGUAAGAUGGAGGGUGAGGAGUCGGAGGAGGACCUGGACAGCCAGGGCUCAUACAACCGGGAACAGAUCAUUGUGGAGGUGAACCUCAACAACCAGACCCUCAAUGUCUCCAAGGGCACGGAGGGGAAGGGAGCUGCCAGUGAGGCAGCUGUGAUGGGGAGGCCUGAUGGUGAUGGGCGAGACACAGAGGAGGAUGGGGAGGAGGAGAAUGAGGAAGGGGAGGAGGAGGAAGAAGAAGAGGAGGAUGCGGAGGUGGGUGAGGAGGAGGAGGAGGAGCACAGUGAGGAGGAAGACCUGGAGGAGACGACGGAAGAAGAGGAUGACGAUGACGACGAUGAAGACGCAUCAGAAGUGAAAAGGGAAAAGUGUGGGCAGCCCCGCAGAGGCAGCCGGGCCUCCAAAGCCACCAAACCUGCCAUGGCAACCAGGUCCCAGGAGAUGCCCAAGGUGGAAGAGGAGGAGGAGGAGGAGGAGGAAGAAGGGCAGCGAGGGAGGAAGAGGAAAAAGGAACAGGAUAGUUUGGGCCAGAAGGUGAAGCUGGAGGAGAAGCAGCACUACCCAUGCAAGAAGUGCCCCCGGGUCUUCAACAACCGCUGGUACCUGGAAAAGCACAUGAACGUCACGCACAGCCGCAUGCAGAUCUGCGACAAGUGCGGCAAACGCUUCCUGCUCGAGAGCGAGCUGCUGCUGCACCACCAGACUGACUGCGAGAAGAACAUCCAGUGUGUGACGUGUGGGAAGGGGUUCAAGAAACUCUGGUCCCUCCAUGAGCACAACAAGAUCGUUCACGGCUAUGCUGAGAAGAAGUUCUCCUGCGAGAUCUGUGAGAAGAAGUUCUACACCAUGGCCCACGUGCGCAAACACAUGGUUGCUCACACCAAGGACAUGCCAUUCACCUGUGAGACCUGUGGGAAGUCCUUCAAGCGCAGCAUGUCCCUCAAGGUCCAUUCACUCCAGCACUCUGGGGAAAAGCCUUUUAAAUGCGAGAACUGCAAUGAACGCUUCCAGUACAAGUACCAGCUGCGCUCCCACAUGAGCAUCCACAUUGGCCACAAGCAGUUCAUGUGUCAGUGGUGUGGCAAGGACUUCAACAUGAAGCAGUACUUUGAUGAGCACAUGAAGACGCACACAGGCGAGAAGCCCUACAUCUGUGAGAUCUGUGGGAAGAGCUUCACCAGCCGCCCCAACAUGAAGCGGCAUCGCCGGACCCACACGGGCGAGAAGCCGUACCCCUGUGAUGUCUGUGGCCAGCGCUUCCGCUUCUCCAACAUGCUGAAAGCCCACAAGGAGAAAUGCUUCCGCGUCAGCAACCCCUUGGCUUCGGACACGGCCAUCCCCCAGCCUGCCACCAGCCCUGCUCCGUUGCCUCCUGGCCCUGGCGUCUCCCCCCUGCCCCUGCCACUGCUCCAUCCCCUUCCACAGACCCUCCCUCCUCCUCCUCACCUACCGCCACCCCCUCCCCUGUUUCCUGCGGGCAGGGUAAAUUCAAACAACAACUAGGUGCCCCCAUCCUGGCCAUGCACCCGCACAGACUGCUCAGCCCUUUGGGAACGCCUCCCCCCAGGGGAGCCAAGGCUUUGCUUGCUCUCUACCCCUUUUCCUCCUUGUUUUGGGGUUGUUUUGGUAUGUUUUUCCUUUUUCUCACCCGUCGUUCUCCACAGAGAGGGGGAGCAGGAGG